GUUUCCUUAGCCAUGUAUGAGAUGGGUUGCUAUGAGAUUUCCCUUGGAGACACUAUUGGCGUUGGGACUCCGGGCAGCAUGAAAAACAUGUUAGAUGAAGUCCUGAAGGUUCUUCCAGCCGAGGUUUUGGCUGUCCACUGCCACGACACCUAUGGCCAAGCGCUUCCCAACAUCCUUAUUGCUCUUCAGAUGGGCAUCAGCGUUGUUGAUGCUUCUGUUGCCGGGCUGGGAGGAUGCCCAUAUGCAAGUGGCGCAUCAGGCAACGUUGCAACAGAAGAUGUAGUCUAUAUGCUCAAUGGCUUGCAAAUUGAAACCGGGGUAGACCUUGAUAAGCUGAUUGAUGCAGGAAAUUUCAUUUGUACUGCUAUUAAGAGGCCAAAUAUGAGCAAAGUGAGUUGUGCCAGAAGUAAAUGUUAGCGAGUGACCCAUCGUUUUGUUGGCAUCAUAGGUAGUCCUUUUUUUUUCCUCUCUCUCUCUCUGAGAUUAUGACAAUAUUUAUUUUCAAGAUGAGGGUGUAGAGACAUAUUGUAGCAAAUUUUGUGAAUGUUGAAUGUGAAGGGAGUUGAAAUGAAACAUUUAUUUUUUAUAGAUUUUAGGUUUUGUAAUUAGUUUUGUAUUAAAGGAUAAAAAAGAAAAAAAAAAGUUUGCAAACUUUGCAAAUAAAAUUAAAUUGAUGUUGAUCUGUACUAACAAUGAAUGUAUAAAGUACUUUAGAUAUUUUAAAAAGAAGGGGUAUAAAUUAUUCCUAUUCUUUCUAAAUAUAAAUAAUAUGUUAAGUUAUUUUCUGACUAAAAAAAUUGGGUAUAUCUUUACAAUAACAGUUGUUGAGUUCUUGCAUAAAAUUACUCACGACUGGGAAACCUUCAUGCAUUUUUAACUCAAAAUAAGAGUCAGAAAAAAUAAAUCCAUAAAUAGGUAAUCAUUUGAUGUAAAACACUUUUGCCAAGCAUGAGCCCUAAGUUUAAGUUUGUGUUGGUGCAAUUUGUUCCUUAUCAAAACGUGACAAGUCACAUUAUCAUUAUUAUU